AUGUCUCGUAAAACACUAGCAAGCAAUAGUAAUAAUGGUGUUGAUGCUUCAUUUUUAUCAAGUAAUCAUAAAGUAAUGCAAUAUUUACAAAAUUCAGCACGUUGUUCAACAAAUUCUAAUAAUAAUUCUAAUAAUUGUAACAAUAAUAAUUUAUUAUUUGGUCAACAUAAAACAUCUGCGCAAACACAUGAUUUAUUCUAUGUAAAAGAUACAUCUAUGAACAAUAAUCAUAAUCACAAUCAUAAUCAUAAUCAUAAUCAUAAUCAAUAUCAACAGCGUAUGCGUUCUUGUUCAGAAAAUAGUCCAGGACCAUCUGCUGUUGAUACAUUAUCACGAUUUGAUUUCAGCUAUGGUUCCAGUCUGUCCGAUCCCGGUGGAUACUGUAGUAUAUUGAGUUCAAAUACAUCUUCAUCCGGAAUAUGUAGUACAUCUUCUGACGUUGGACAUGAAGUAGAUACAUCAGCAUCAUCAGAAGACCUUGAUUUUAACCUUGGUUUUGAUCAGAUUAGUGAUAAUGAUGAUUUUGAAAUAGCUAAUCUUGAUGAAAUCGAUGAAUAUGAUGAAUAUGAACAAUAUGAAGGAGAGAAUCAACGAAUCUCAAAUAAGAAUAGUGGUAAUACAGCAGUGUUACUCGAUUUUGGUGAAUCGAAUUCAGAUGAACGCAAUAAUGAAUUAGAAAGAUUUCUUCGUAAAUCUUAUAGUUCAACGACUCUUAAUGGUAAUGUUGAAUUUAAUAAUGAUGAUAUAAUAACAGAUAAGCAAAUAAGACAACAGCAACAACAACAACGUGCAUCAUUAUUACAUGAUUCAACAUAUACAUUAUGUUCACCAGAUUGCUUUUCAGUGUAUAAUGGAUGCGAUGAUCAUGAAAAAGAUAAAGUAGCACAUGCUAUUGGUACAUGUUCGAAUUCAUUGGGUAUUGCUUUAAUAGAUAGAAAGUCGGCUUUAUUGGAUAAACCUCCAAAAAAAGUUGUUCAUUUCGCCGAUAUGUUGGGUCUUGAUCUGGAAUCUAUUCGUUAUAUGACUCCACCAGAUCAAUCAGCAAGUUCGCUUAUUCAAGAGUGUAUUCGUAUUAAACUUGAACAAUUACGCCUAGCCAAUAGUCAAUCAAAUCUAUUUUCUUCAUCUCCAUGUCCUUUUGAUCUUUCAAAUGUUUUUAAUCGAUCAUCUUCAUCUGCAUCUUUCACAGCUUCUAAAAAAUCAACGAAUCAAUAUUAUUUAGUUUCAAAAUAUUUUACUUCUCCAACAAACAUUAUUCCACUAAUAUACGAACAACAAGUAAUGCUUGAAUGUUUAUAUACAAAAGAUUCCAUAGCAUAUGGAACAGUUCGUGUCCAUAAUCGUGCUUAUGAAAAGCGUGUUUUUGCUCGUAUAAGUGAAAAUGAUUGGAAAACAUUUCAAGAUAUUUAUGGAUGGCAUUCAUUGAAUUAUCCAAAUGAUAAUACAGAUACAUUUACAUUUGAAAUACGUUUAGGAAAAUAUGAUGAUAACACAAAAGUCCCGAAAAAAAUUUAUUUUGCUAUAUGUUUACAAACCAAUAAUCAAGAAUUUUGGGAUAAUAAUCGUGGAUGGAAUUAUGUAUUAGAUGUACUUGAAAGGUAA